GUCUGCGUUUUCAAUAAAACCUAGAAAUAUAUGCAUUUAUUGUUUGGUGUGAAAUUUAGAAAUGCAAAUAUUUAGCUGAAUAAUGCUUUAUUUUGGAAAAUAAAUCACAGAAAUUAGUUUUGCUUUAUGGCAUCUACCAGGGAGCUUACCCAGGGGUCUUCGCACCACACUUUCCAAGAUGGCUGCCUCCGUCACAGGUUUACUAAAACCUUGGACACCAAGGGUACUCCUGGUGAGAUGGAGCAGGUACAACCCUUACUACCUGGAGCCUGAGCCUAGGAAAGAGGUGUACCACAUCCCAGAGACUGAGCUCACACCUGAGCAGAAAGAGGAGAGGGAGCUGAAAUCUGUCAGGCCCAUAAAGGCAGCCACCAACUCUGUUACCAGCUCUGUUUUCAACGACCCUGUGCUGAGCAAGUUUGUCAACAUGAUGAUGAAAGAUGGUGACAAGAUUAUUGCCAAAGGUAUCAUCACACAGACAUUGGAGAACAUGAAGAGAAAACAGGUGGAGAAGUACCACAAAGCCCCCGAGGGAAAGAAGGCAGAGAUUGAGUGUAAUCCAUACGCCAUCUUCCACCAGGCUCUGGAGAAUUGCAAGCCUGUCAUUGGCCUGGCUAGCAUUCAGAAAGGGGGCAAGUUCUAUCAGGUGCCCAUACCUCUGACAGACAACAGGCGGCGCUUCCUGGCCAUGAAGUGGAUGAUCACAGAGUGCCGGGACAACAAGCACAGACGCACACUAAUGUACGAAAAACUAUCUCAGGAACUGCUGGCAGCCUUCUCAAAGGAGGGCAACGUGGUCAAACGGAAACACGAACUGCACAAGAUGGCUGAAUCCAACAGAGCCUAUGCCCACUAUCGCUGGUGGUAGUCGACUUUGAAGUCUUGAGUGUAGCAUUCAAAAUGGGACCUUUUGGACUGGAAGGAAUUCAAUCCAUUGUCCCUUUGGUCAAACUUGAGGUGGAAUUCCUUGUUGGAAAAUAAAAACAUCAUGGACAUUUGUGCAACACAUCAUGGGAGAUAGCCUGUCAAUGCCCUACAUUGAAGACAAUGUAAAUAUAAAUCUCUUGGACUCUUGUGAAAUAUUUGGAAUGGUGUGAAUCCAAGUAUACUGACCACAAACACAGUUACUGUAAAUGUGGCUUAUUUUACUACCAUUGUAUUAUGGUUCAAUAAAGAAUGAUUGUGAAAACAUUACAAAUGACAUGAUCACAUACUGUAUUUAGAAUAUAGGUGUAAUCAGUGACAUCUUCAAAUAAAUAAAAGCUUAGGUAAAACCCAGGUCGAUUUUAUUUUAAUGUGAUUUUAUUCAUCUUCAGUCAAUGUACAGCAGUAGCAAAAAUGAAAUUGACCAAUGUUGGUACUUCUGACAUUGGAACAGAUACCCAACUACAGUAAUGGAAAUAUUUAUAGGAAAAUAUACACUGAGCUCUGUCUUCACGCAGUAAACUCAAACUUUCUAUAUAUCUACUUGGGUAGAUAAAUGUACAAAAUGCUCAAACUUAUUUGGUAAUUCUGUGUAAAACAAAUGGCAUGUACACAAACCACUAGUAGGCAAAUUGUGAGUGCUGCACUUCCUGUCCAAAUUAUGUUUCUACUGAAUGACUUUACUUUGAAUACUUGGUCUUUAAGUCGCAAUAGGCCCUAUAGCAUAUACACAUUUACUUCAAUAAUCUUCUUUCAACAUCAUGGCCCUAUAAAAUAUGCUCAAACUAGUGGAUGACCAACAAGUUUAUUUUAGUGCUUGCUUAAUGUACACUGAGAACCACAGUUUUGAAUGAAAACUGUUGAGAAACACUGAUCUAGUGAACUAAAUGUAAAACAAUAGAAAAGUUAUGUCAGUCACCCAAGUGUUACUAUUCCGAUUCCACAACUACUAUUACCAAAUAAACUUUUCAAUCUAUUCGACAACUGUCCACGAAGGCCAACAGAGGUUACUAAAAUAGCCUAACUAACACAAUAUUUGUGAUCAUAUCUUCAAAAAAAUGAUAUGGUUCUUCCCUCUUCAAAGAGAUUCAUUCAGUCAAUGUCCCUGCUGGAAUUAUCAACGAUUCCCCAUGCCUCCCUCACUUUCUUGCUGACAUAACUAGGGUAGGAAAAAUAUCUGCAAUGGAUCACAUUAGAUCAGUGAUUACUAUGAGGAAGGAAGGAUAGAUGAAUGUUAAAGAUAUUGGAGCAGGACCUAGAAAUAGUCUGCUGCUUGAUUGUGGUCAGUGGUUUUUCCAAGACACCGUGUUUGGUUUUGUGAGCGUAUUAAAGCACUCAGGUCAGCACACAGUGUAAACAUUAUAAAACAUACAUAUUCUGAACUACAAAAACUAGUAGAUGUGGACUUGUUCAAUAAAGUGAAGCUGGUAAAAGCUUAGUGCUGGUGGAAUGAAUCUCAGACGUACUACUGUUUUGAAAAUCUAACAGCAACGAGUAGUGAACAGCCAGACAGAACUUAUAAAGUCACUAUAAUGCAGUAAUAUUCUCAGCUUCCAAACGGAAUAAAUGUUUGCAUUGUGGUGCACAGUUUUCCCAAGCCGAAAGCGAAAAGCCAGCAUCCAUUUUGUAGCACCAAAGUGUGGACCAUGUCGUUUAAAAGAGGUACAGUACCUCUUAGAGACUUGUGAAUACAAAAACAUCUGCAAAACUAGUUCUUAUUAGAAUCAGAAAAAACUGACUAGAACUUCCAGCUUUGAUGAUAUUGCUGUCUAUAUUGGCAUCACAUGUACUACAAAACUAUUUUUCAGAUAAACUUGUGAUAUUAACAAUUCAGAAACUAGGAUUCAGACCAUAAAAAGUCAAAUAUAUUAAUAUGUCAGAAAGGAAAUAUUACAAAUUACUUAUGACAAAUCUCUUGGUCCCAAAUCCUAAUAAUACCAAAUUGUCACCCUCUCUUGUCAUGUGCUUUUUGACCUCAGAGGAAACGAAGAGGCUUAAGAGUCAUUGGCAGCAGGGUGGACCCACGUGGAGUUACAUGCGUUGUGUUAAUCUUUUGUUUGAUUGAUUUUGUCAAAAAUCCCUCAACUCUAGCCAAAAUGCUUUUCAGUCAUUUUAAUCUACCACUCAAACAACAGGUGCGUUUAAAACAAAAGUUGACUGUAAAGUAUUUUGUCCAAUUGAUGUGGACCCUAUGGCUGUAUUUAGACAGGCAGCCCAAUUCUGAUAUUUCACCUAAUUAUUGUCAAAAUAGUUCAUCUGUAAAAACACAAAUUACUGGUAAAACAAAAUAAAGUCCAGAAUUGGGCUGUCUGUGUAAAAGCAGACUAUUUUGUAAAGCAUUGAUUGUAAAGAUCAUAAUUUGAUCCAUACAUUCACUUGGGCCUAAUGAAUGUCUAAGCUCUCGAAAAGUUCUACAGACCUCUCAAGAUUCUUUGUAGAAAAAUUUACAAAGAUCAUCACCUUUGAAAACAGUAUCAGUAACGACUGGCAGAAGAUCUAUAAGAUUAACUCAAACAUGGUCAAGCCAACGUGACUGGAAUGUGUGUCUGAACUACUUAUGUAGAAUAGUGAAAUGUCUCAUAACAUUGG